AUGCUUUAUCUUAUUUUCCUGAAUAUACUUCUGUUUAUUGGUUGUUAUAUAGCUGGAUGCAUACCUAUAACUUUUAAAAUACCUGUAUCGAAAAUUCGUAUACUAACUAUUUUUGGUGCUGGUCUACUUUUGGGCGCUGCAUUGGUUGUCGUCAUUCCCGAAGGCAUUGCAGUUAUUUGCAGUCCACAUAAAGAUCAACAUUCUAAUCUUAUUUCGAAUAAAGAUAACCACUUAAAUCAUCCCAAUUCACGUAGUUUAAAUAUGAUAGAUACAAUAGAAUCAACAAAUGAAAAACAUCUUCCAUCUGUAAUAAAUAAAGACAAUGAUCAAAUGAAACAACAAAAUAACAUUAACCAUGAAAAUAAUCAUGCUUCAAAUGAAGAUCAUCAUUCUCAUAAUGAUAAUAAUAGUAGUAGUAGUAGUAGUUAUAUUCAUCAAAAAGUUGGUAUUGCAUUAUUAUUAGGUUAUCUAUUCAUGUUAUUAGUGGAUCAAAUGAGUUAUACCAUAUUAGAAUUGACUUGUUGUCAAACUAUAUUAUUUGGAUUAAAAAAUUUAUGUUAUCAUUCUAUAUUGUAUAUACCAUUAAUGAAUAGAUUUAAUAAUAAUAAUAAUAAUACCAGUACAGUUAUCAGUAACUCAAUGAAUACAACGAAUUCAACUUCUAAUAAUACCAAUAAUCUAUCCAAUGAAACAUCAAUUAAUAAUAAUAAUAGUUCUAAUUGUUCAUCAAUUAAUUCAAUUCAAUCAAUUAAUCAUAAAGGACUUAUUGUUACAUGUGGUUUAGUGAUUCAUUCAUUAGCUGAUGGAUUAGCAAUUGGUUCAGCAUUUGCAUUAAAUCAAUUACAAUUAGAAUUGAUUUUAUUUUUAGCUAUUAUUUUACAUAAAAUACCAGCCGCUUUUGGUUUAUCAUGCUUUCUAUUACAUGAAGGAUUUACACGUGAUCGAAUUCGUUUACACAUGAUCGCUUUCUCACUUUCUUCACCAUUGGCUUCAUUUCUCACAUAUUUCUACCUCUCAUUAUCCUCAACUGAUACUGAUAUUGAUACAGCUUCAACAAGAACGGGGAUAGCUCUUUUAUUAUCAGGUGGUACAUUUCUUUAUGUAGCAGCUACACAUAUUCUACCAGAAUUAAUCAAUUCAUCAAAUACUAGUAAUGUUAUUGAGUUAAAUACUAUCAAUGAUACUACAAAUAUUAACAAACAAAUAAGAAAUCCUAAUUUAUAUUUAUUCAAUGAAUCAUUAAACAAUACACCAGGACAUCAUACAUUAUACACCGUAGAUAAUAGUCAUGAAUCAAUUAUUAUGUAUAAUUAUCCAAAAUCAAAUAAUGAUUAUAUGAAUCCUAUCUCACAUGUUCAUCGAUUAAGUAUCAUUGAAGUGAUUGUAUUAAUUACUGGUACAAUAAUACCAAUUCUAUUCUCUGCAAAUCAUUCUCAUUAA